UUUGAUAAAAAUGAAACAGCGUGCGUUUUGUUUGUGAACAUCAAUGUGAAGCAAGCAUCUUCAGCCGCUGUCUAGUUCUAUCAGCUCGAUGCAUCGCAAGAUAAUCGUAAUUUUAUUGCAAAAGAAUGGCUAUUUUCGGAUCAUUAGCGAGGAAUAAAUCUUUAUUCCUUUACGUGCAGCGCUAUCUUAGCACAUCUUCCCGGAGUAAGCUUCCGGCGGCUGCAGUUACAUUAGACCAGUCUACGGAUCAGGCCCUCGACGCCGGUAGAUUCAAACCAAGACAGCACGAAGGUCGACUAACGAGCGGAUGCAUCAACGUGCCGGAAUCCAUUGUCAGUGCCAUUUUACGUUGCUGCAAAGACCAUCCGAUUAAGGCACUGCUGUCCGAAGGAAACAAACUGGACAAUUUUUUGCGAUCACGUAAGGUUCCGCUGGAAAAUGACGAGCUUAGGCGAAAAAUUAAUGAUCUGCGGCACUCGGUGGGCGAUGAGUUCAAAGCAAAGAUGGAUGUUACUACAAUGUCAGAAGAGCAGGUGACCUACAUCAACAAGGUGAUUGAGGCGCAGGCCAAGAAACGUGCCAAACAGCAGAUCUACGCAUGGAAACCGAUCAACUAUGACGAGUUCAAAAGCUUACAGUACCUUCUGGGACGGUCAGCGGCAGAGUACGCGACCUUGAUUCGGGUUUUUGAUGAAAUCAAGCAACGCGAUGCCCAGUUCAAACCGAGAAGUUUUAUCGACUUUGGUUCCGGUGUUGGGACCGGUACGUGGGCGGUGUCCAACCUAUGGAAGGAGCACAUCUUCGAGUAUGUGUCCAUUGAUGCUUCGGCAGAUAUGAAUGACCUGGCGGAGUUGAUUCUUCGGGGUGGAGAAAUGAAUAAGGCUAUGAGCUUGAGGAACGUAUUCUACAGGCAGUUCCUGCCCGCCUCCCACAAUAAGUACGACAUCGUGUUGAGUUCAUUCUCGUUGUUUGAACUGCCAUCGAAAAAGAACCGUUUAGACGUGAUAGAGAACCUGUGGAACAAAUGCGAUGGCUACUUGGUACUGGUGGAACAAGGUACAUAUGCUGGUUUUUCAUUAAUCGAGGAAGCUAGAGAAUUUCUGCUGAAGAAAUUUGAGAGCAGUGAAGUCGAGUAUCACAUAUUUUCACCGUGUCCCCACCAUCAGCAAUGUCCCCGGAUGAAGCUGGAUGACGGCACGCCGUGCAAUUUCGAGGUAACAUACAAUCCGUUACCGCUUGGGAAAUCAAGCGAGGCUAGCAAGUUCCUGUACUCCUAUGUUGUAUUUAAAAAGGGCACCCCAACUGCCCAAAGUCGACAUCCUCGUUUGGUGAGGCCAACGCUCGUCCGUUCGAAGCAUUCGAUUUGUCGGAUGUGUACUGAUGGUGGAAAACUGCAGGAAAUAAUCUUCACCGCUUCGAAGCACGGCAAGAACCUAUAUCGAUGUGCCAGGGCCAGUAAAUGGGGUGAUCAACUACCGAUCAAAAUAGACAACCUAGAAUAGUUAUACAAUGGAAUGAGUUUUAUGUAGGAUACAAAAGAGAUAGAUGUGAAUUAUACCUUGUUUUAAGAUAGUAA